AUGGUCGAUCUGGGGACAAAAUGCUUGAGCGGUUGGAAACUGACUUUAGUCAUGAUCGGCCUUUGCUCGGCAGUCUUUUGCAUGGCACUUGACAAUACCAUCAUUGCAACCGCAAUCCCGCGUAUUACGGACGAAUUCCAUGCAUUGGACGAUCUGGGCUGGUACGGCUCCGCCUAUCUACUUACCACCUGCAGCUUCCAGCUCUUCUUCGGCAAGCUCUACUCUUUCUACUCCGUUAAAUGGGUUUUCCUCGUUGCCAUCGGCUUCUUCGAGCUCGGUUCCCUCGUCUGCGGCGCAGCCCCUACAUCCACCGCGCUGAUCAUCGGUCGUUCCCUUGCUGGCAUUGGCUCAGCCGGUAUCUUCUCUGGAGCUGUCCUAAUAAUCGUACUCAGCGUCCCGAUGCGGCAGAGACCGACCUAUAUCGGCAUACUGGCGGGUAUGUACGGCGUUUCGAGCGUCGCGGGGCCACUUAUGGGCGGCGCUUUUACCGAUAAGCUUACGUGGCGGUGGUGCUUCUACAUUAACCUUCCUCUGGGUGUCGUUACCGUUCUCUUCGUUACUUUCUUCUUCAACCCUCCCCAAAGCGGCUCGCCGAAGAACAAGUCGUCUUGGAAGGAACAACUUUCCAACUUUGACCUCGAAGGCUCAGCUUGUUUCUUACCAGCCAUCAUCUCCCUUCUUCUUGCACUGCAAUGGGGUGGAUCGAAGUAUCCUUGGUCUAAUGGUCGUGUUAUCGGCCUUUUUGUUGUAUUUGGCGUUCUUAUCUUGCUGUUCGCAGCGAUCCAAUGGUGGAAACAAGACAAGGCUACGGUUCCUCCAAGGAUCUUAUCCAACCGGACUGUUUGGAGCUGUGCCGCUUUUGCUGUUUGCUUCGGUGCUUCUUUCUUUCUUCUUGUUUACUACAUCCCGAUUUGGUUCCAGUCUGUCAAGGGUGCCAGUGCUGUACGGUCCGGAAUUAUGAACCUGCCAAUGAUCCUCGGCUUGGUUAUUAUGUCGGUCCUUGCUGGAGGUGCAGUCAGCGCCCUUGGCUACUACACACCCUUGAUUCUUGUGUCCGCUGUAUUGAUGAGCAUUGGUGCUGGGCUAUUGACCACGUUCCGAUUAAGCACGAGCUCUCCCGCAUGGAUUGGCUACCAGGCAUUGUACGGCAUUGGGGCAGGCUUGGGCAUGCAGUUACCUCUUGUCGCAGUACAGACUGCCUUGGCUGAGCACGAUAUCCCGGUUGGUACGGCGAUAUUGAUGCUCUCCCAGACCCUUGGUGGCAGUGUGUUUGUACAGGUGGGCCAGAACAUCUUCACCAACCAGCUGGCUGUUGAACUGCGGGGUGUCGCCGGUGUUGAUCCCAAAACCGUCCUGUCAAUUGGGGCAACCGAGUUGCGAGAACGAGUACCGGCAAAGAUCUUGCAUAUUGUCCUGGUUGCCUACAGCAAAGCUCUGACCAAUACCUGGUACGUCUCGGUUGCUAUGGCUGUCCUUGCAUUGAUCCCUGCUGUGUUUAUUCCAUGGAAAUCGGUCAAGGGCAAGGAUACGGGAGUGGCAAAUGCAUAA